CUCUCUUUCUCCACAGACAGACUCCACAGGCACACAGACAAAACAAAGCAACUCUCUCUCUCUCUCUCUCUCUAACAAGCAGCCGUAAAAGUUCAAAUCCCAAAAAUACCCAUAAAACCAACUAAAUUUCCACUCUGUUAAGCCACUCUGUUUUCAAAAACUCACAAACACAGAUCAAAGCAGCAGUAGCAGCAGCAAGGUCAUUUCGGUGACUUCAUAGAUCCCAGUGCUGUUUCCUUCUCGAUGUUAAUAACCAGUAAUAACAUUCCAGGCGGCGGAAUCCAGCUCUCCGACGGCGGCGGCGGAUUCUGGUCUGAACUUUUGGUCGCAACGCCGCCGUCGAUCACGACCGUCGCUUUCACUGCCCUAGCCGGAACCGCGUUGUUUGCCGCCCUACUCUACACCACCAGUAGGUAAUAACACUAGAAGAACAAAAAAAAACCUAUUUUUUUCCAAAAUAUUUAAGAGAAAGUGUGAAAUUAUAAAGUAGAUGAAAACUCUAAAACGAAGUCCAACGUCGCCGUCUUCGUCAAAUUCAUCUUCUCCUCCGUCGUCGUCGUCAAGUUUGUCGUCUUCGUCGUGGAUUCAUUUGCGUUCGAUUCUCUUUGUUGUUAAUUCCUCCUCACCGGCUUAUUGUUCCUCCUCUUCCUCUUCUGAUCGGGGUCGACUGAAGUCACCAUGGUCUCGAAGGAAAAGAAAACGUGCCCUUACACCUAGGCAAUGGAAAAGCUUGUUUACAUCAGACGGGAAACCCAGAGAUGGCGGGGUUAAGUUUUUGAAAAAAGUUCGAAGCGGAGGUAUUGAUCCAUGUAUUAGAGCAGAGGUCUGGCCAUUCCUCCUUGGAGUAUAUGACUUGAAUAGUUCCACAGAAGAAAGAGAGAUCAUCAGAACCCAGAAAAGAAAGGAAUAUGAGAAAUUCCGCAGACAGUGCAGGCGAUUUCUCAAACGCAUCAAUGAGUGCUCCAAAGGAACUAGUGAAACAAGCUGUAUUGAGGAUAGUGGAAGUCCCACACAAGAUUCUGACUCUUCAAGUUAUGAAGAUGUGGUUAGUGCUAGGGAGUCUCUUUCAAGCGAGGAAAGGAGUCCAGAUGUUGAGGACUCUGAUGACCCCUCCAGUGCAUUGUUGGAAGGUGAUGAUGGUUCAGGUCAAGCCACAAACACUGAUGCCUCUGCACUAAACACCGAGUCUUCUGACUCAGACUCUUCUGAAGACCCUGAAGUCAUUCAGGCUUCCUCCUCAUCUGAGGGCAGGGAAGAGAAUGAUCCUGAUGUGCCUUUGAAAGAGAACAUCUCUCCCUCUAGGGCUGAUCUCCAUCCAAACCAAUGCUCUGGUGAAAAUUUUGCCACGUGGCAGCGGAUCAUUCGUGUUGAUGCAGUGCGAGCCAAUUCUGAAUGGAUUCCGUAUUCCCCAUCGCAGGCAACAGUUUCAGAGUUAAGAGCAUGCCGUGCUGCAGAGGCUGUUGGGUUGAAGGACUAUGAUCACCUGGAACCCUGCAGAGUUUUCCAUGCUGCAAGACUAGUUGCUAUUCUCGAAGCCUAUGCAGUCUAUGACCCUGAAAUUGGGUAUUGCCAGGGCAUGAGUGAUCUACUUUCCCCAAUAAUUGCAGUGGUCACAGAGGAUCAUGAAGCUUUCUGGUGUUUUGUGGGUUUCAUGAGGAAGGCUAGGCAUAAUUUUAGGCUUGAUGAAGUGGGGAUCCGAAGGCAACUCAAUAUUGUUUCCAAGAUUAUAAAAUGCAAAGACUCCCACCUCUACAGGCACUUGGAGAAGCUCCAGGCUGAGGAUUGCUUUUUUGUUUAUAGGAUGGUGGUUGUGCUGUUCAGGAGAGAAUUGACAUUUGAACAGACAAUUUGCCUCUGGGAGGUGAUGUGGGCAGAUCAGGCAGCUAUAAGGGCUGGUAUUGGAAAGUCUGCAUGGAGCAGGAUAAGGCAGCGAGCACCACCAACAGAGGAUUUAUUGCUUUAUGCUAUUGCGGCUUCUGUGUUACAGAAAAGGAAAUUAAUCAUUGAGAAAUAUAGCAGCACGGAUGAGAUCUUAAGGGAAUGCAAUAGCAUGUCCGGGCAACUUGAUGUAUGGAAACUUCUCGACGACGCACAUAAUCUGGUGGUGAACCUUCAUGACAAGAUAGAGACACCCUUCUGAUGACUGCUCAUCGACCAUUUUGUCGCCCAUUUAUAUGCUUCAAUUUUUUUUCAAGGUCUUUGUUCUGUGGAGAUAUUUCCAGCCUUCUUGUGCUCUGCUCCAAACAUACCCUAAGGAGGUUAUCCAUCUUCAGCAAUGCUGCUAGCUGCUCACUUUCAAGUCUUAGUUGAAGUGGCAAGUGGCAUGCUUGAAAAGAUUUAUUUAGCUUUAUAUGCGAUUCACUUGACCAUUUUUUUUUAAUACAGAACACGAUCUUCACAA